AUGAGUCAUAAUCUGGCUGGAAUGCCAUCCUACAGGCUGCCUGGUUCUGGGCUUGGACCACCCGACUUCAAGCCCCCCAUGGACACUCCAACACCUCCGGCACCAGCGCCUAGUAACCCGAAGAAACGAAGGAAAACUUCAAAUGCCAACAAUGCUUUAACACCUUCACAACCACCGCCUACAGCACAGGAUCUGCUUCCCCCUCCAUUGACAGGAUAUGGAGAUACUAUAGUUGCCUCCAACCCUUUUGAUGAUUCACCAUCUACUGUCUCCCACAAUGGUCCAAUGAUGAGUCAAAAUGGGUCAAUGAUGAGUCAAAAUGGCCCAAUGGGAAUGAUGGGAGCAAUGCAUGGUAUGGGUGGUCCACCUAUGAGACACAUGAGCCCAUUAUCACACAGUAUGAGCCCAAUGAGCCAACAAAUGCCGCCUAGAAGUGGGAUUAGCCCUAUGGGUAACAUGAGUCCAAUGGGACAUAUGAGUGGUUUGUCACCAAUGGGAGGUCCUAAUAUGGGUAUGAGCAAUCACAGUAUGGGGCCUGGAAUGGGUCCAACCUCAAGGUCAAUGGGUAGUCCAAUGAGCCCAAUGAACUCAAUGCCAAUGGGCUCUCCAAUGUCAUCAGGACCUAUGGGAAGUCCUAUGAAUAUGGGAUCGAUGGCAGGCAGUCAUAUGGGCAACAGUCCUAUGGGACCUCCCAUGCACAGUCCUAUUGGUGCAGGAUCAAUGAAUGGACCUAUGAAUGGGCCAAUGGGCGGUGGUGGGCCAGGUAUGAAUGUUCCUCGCAUGAAUGGACCAAUGGGACCCAAUUGUUCAAAUGGUUCCAUGGGCCCUAGUAAUUCUAUAAUGUCUACAAACCCCAUGCAAAGUGGUGGUAUGGGUCCAGGGCAUUGUGGACCAAUCAGACAUGGUAGUCCUAUGCCGUCAGGAAUGGGAGGUGGUCCCAUGGGUGGUAAUGGACCAAUGAGCUCAAUGGGUCCUGGUCCACCUUAUUCUGGCAGUCAUAUGGGUCAUGGAGGACCAAUGGGUAUGGGUGGAAAUGGUCCCAUGGGUAUGGGACCAGGCCCUGGUAAUAUGGGAAGUUGUGGACCUUUAGCAGGAAUGAGUGGAAUGGCUAUGGGAGGUCCUGGAGGGCAAGGUGUAGGACCAAUGGGUCAAAAUAUGAGUAUGUUUGGACCAAAACCUAUGCCAGUUAGUGCUGGUAAAGUAUAUCCACCAGAUCAACCAAUGGUGUUUAACCCUCAGAACCCCAAUGCUCCUCCAAUAUAUCCAUGUGGAGUAUGUCACAAAGAAGUACAUGAUAAUGAUCAAGCAAUAUUAUGUGAAUCAGGAUGUAAUUUUUGGUUCCACAGGGGCUGCACUGGACUAACGGAACCAGCAUUUCAGCUGCUGACUGCAGAAGUGUAUGCAGAAUGGGUGUGUGAUAAGUGCCUGCAUUCUAAAAACAUACCUCUGGUAAAGUUUAAACCAUAG